GAGCUCUAUGACAACAUCAGGGCUCCUCGAGUGGGAGUUCUCGUUGCCUUCGGACCAGAUAAUAUCGCACGGGUGGUACCACGGCGCGCUGAGCCGCGCGGCGGCCGAGAGCCUGCUGCAGCAGGACCGCGAGUUCCUGGUGCGCGACUCCUCGUCGCAGCCCGACAACUACGUGCUCAGCUGCCGCUCCAACGGCCAGCAUCUACACUUCGUCAUCCAGCGGAUUGUUGUACACCCAGAAACUGUCUACGAGAGAUACCAAUAUCAAUUUGAAGACGAAGCAUAUGAUACGGUUGCUGAUCUGAUUACGUCUUACGUGGGUUCUGGGAAGCCUAUAUCUGCAGCGUCAGGCGCGAGAAUACAGUACCCGGCUAACAGAGUAGUACCUUUGACUAACUAUAUACCCAACGAUGACGCCAACUCAGUUGUGUCCCCUGUGGGUGACGGAUCCGGCUAUGGCAACCCGUACAGCCUCUACAGUCAUUUCGCUUCCAAACCAGGAAUGCAAUUACGUGCGCCUUUCAAAAAGCAACGUUCCCAUUCGUUGACGCCUAUUGACAUGAGUCAGCAUGCGAAUCAAGCGAAGAGCGCCAGUGCAGAUGGGGUAAUUCAAAGCCAAACAAUGAAACAUGUCAAAAAUUUCCCGAGUGAAUCCAAUUCCUGUUCAGGCACCUGGGAUGUGAAUCUCCCUAUCAGCCCUCCCGCCAAGCCGGCCAGAUACGAUGGUCCCAAAUCGGACGAUAGACGAUUGGAAUUACAAAGACUGUACCACGUGUCAGGAUCAGACUCGGGAAAUGGCUCCGGGGACUCGACUCAAAGCUCAGCCCAUAGUGACCCGAACAAGUCGAGGAUAGACUCGGAUUACAAUGUAGUAACUCCAACGAUAAAACAGCAGUUCGACUACGAGCUGACGGAAGCACGGCUGUUGCAAUCCGAGAAUUUGGACUAUACCGUAGAUUCCCGAAUUAACCUUGAGAACUUCCAGUCACAAAUCAUAUUAUCAGGACUCUCAAAACCGCUGGAAUCUGAGACUUUGCACACAAUCAAGCUCUUAUUACGAACGUCAGGACCUCGCAUAUUGGCGAAUCAUAUGACAAAAGUGGACCUACACUUUUUGCUCGAUGAUGCGAUACAGAUCGAGGGUCUAGAGAAAACGGCAUCGGGCUUAGAAUUAUGUUUUCUACCUCAAGGAAGAUCACUGCGUUUGGAUGUCAUUGAAAGAAUUGAAACUUUUCGGCUUCUGAUAGCAGUGACGAUAUUGACUUGCCAAACGGACAGGCAAAGAGCCGAUACUAUCAACGAUUGGAUACUUCUCGCCGUCGAAACAAAAACUGCACUAGGGAAUCUGUACGGAUUUUCAGCCAUAAUGUUCGGACUGUGUAUGCCGCAGGUGGAGUGCUUAGAAAACGCAUGGAAUAUUUUACGGCGUGUUUACACAGACAAUGCCUUCAUGUUCGAAGCAAAGCUGCGUCCUUGUUUUAAAAGUAUGAACGAGGGCACAAACCCAUUGCCACCGAACACGACUACUCCGCACAUUCUGCCGCCGGUGCUAUGUUUUCAUUUAUUCGAUGGUGAGGGAGGCGGCCUGAUGCAACCGGACGAGUCAUUUCCGACGAGUCUGAUGAACAUCCUCGCCUUCGACUUCAACGCGACUGCAGCGCACCUGGAGUCCGCGCGCUACUUCCCGGACCAAGUGGACAUGUUCAAGAGGAACGCUAGGACCGUGGUGCAGGAGAUGUCUUCCCUGGGGCCCACCUUGGAUCCCACCCUACUAGAAUUAUUUAAAACUGAAUUUCACAUUAAUUUUCUUUGGGGCGAACGCGGGGCGUUAACCACUCCUAACCAGAGGUUUGCGCGGUUAACAGAUAUAUUAACGGCGAUGGCUAAUAAACUUGCUAACCAGCCGCCAGAGUGUGAUGGGGCUGUAUAAGCAGCGAAAGAUUGUAGACAACUUUUGUGAUCAGUGAUCAAAGGAACAUAAAUACUCUCUACCAUAUCAUCU